GUCAUGGUAACCACGUAAGUACGGCCUCAAGAGUCUGGGCGUGACCUGACGGCGCACGAGUCACGUGACGUUAGGCUCUUCUGUUGUCGCUGACCAAUGACGUCAUAACUCAUCGACCCGCACAAUCCGGCAUGGAGCUGAGUGCGGAGCUCAUUGGCAGGGAUGGGAGUAGCCGCCCGCUUCGGGUUACUUGUGAGGAGGGGACACUGCGGGGGGUCCUGAGGGGGCUAGAGCGGCUGCAGGGGGCGCUGUCCACGGAGAUGACCGAAUUGGUGGAGCGAGAGAAAGGAUCCGGAGCCGCACACAACCCAGACUCAGAACUGUGGACAACGGUAAAAGAAAACCCUGAACUACAGAACUUCCUGCCCAAAAAACAGACAAUGAAGAUGAAGAAGGUGGUGAUGAUGAUGAUGAUGAUGACGACGACGACGAUGAGGAUAGCUUGAAGAACGGAACUGUACCCAGCAGCCCUCCUGCAAAGCGAAACAAGACUCGCCAGAAUUAAUUCAAUCUGCGCCAGUGGACACUCAGCUUCUGGGGUGCGCAGACUCUGUGGUGGGGUCAGACUGUGACUCUGAGACCCCCUGCCCCACCCAUAACAUGUGACAUUGGUGAUUUCUGGGGAUCUGAUACCAGUUUUGGGCUUUGUACGUUUCUUGUAUGGAAUCUGCUGUAAUGGCGUCUCCACCAGCGCCCACCUCUGCCCUGUUUAUACCAAUGAGGCAUCUAACGGCCAUGGACGUCAAGGAAUAGGAACAAUUGUUUACAUCUGGAGCAGUGUUUCCCAACCACGAUGCCUGCAGCUGUUGCAAAACUACAACUCCCAGCAUGCCCAAACGGCUAUCCGGGCAUGGUGGGAGUUGUAGUUUUUGCAACAGCUUUUUUUUUUUUUUGGGCAGUUUGCGCUCACUUUCUCAUUUUGCACAUGACUUAAGUGUGAAGGAAUAGAGACCUUGCUCUUAUCUGCAUAAAAAAAAAAUAGAAUUAUACUCCACACCUUAAAAUGUCUUAAGUUUGUCAUCGGAUGCUUUGUUUUCCUCAUUAUGCGUUCUUUAAAAAUUUACACAGUAUAUUAUGUUGCGCGCACAAUUUCUUAAAGGGGUACUCCAGUGGAAAUGUUUUUUUCAUUUUUAAAUCAACUGGUGGCAG